AUGGGCUCCAACAAACCUCGCGGUCUCCAAGCCGCCCGCAAACUUCGAACUGACCGCCGCCUGAACCGCUGGGCGGAUAAAGCUUACAAAAAGCGAGCCCUUGGCAACAUCUACAAGACCUCUCCCACUGGUGGUUCCUCCCACGCAAAGGGGAUCGUCCUCGAGAAAGUCGGUGUCGAGGCCAAGCAACCGAAUUCCGCCAUCCGCAAGUGCGUCCGUGUGCAGCUCAUCAAGAACGGCAAGAAGGUCACUGCCUUCGUACCCAAUGAUGGCUGCCUCAACUUCGUCGACGAGAAUGACGAAGUCCUUAUCUCUGGCUUCGGCCGAAGCGGCAAGGCUAAGGGUGAUAUUCCUGGUGUCCGAUUCAAGGUCGUGAAGGUCUCUGGUGUUGGUCUCCUCGCUCUGUGGAAGGAGAAGAAGGAAAAGCCAAGAUCGUAA